GAGGCAGUCUUAGGAGGCUAAAAAUGAGAUGGAUUUUUUUCAUUCCACAGUGCACUGGCAUCAACAACAGCAAAAAGGAAAGCAGGAAGAUCUUGCUUGCUAGCAACAGCCAUGGCUAGCAGCCCAUCAGCUGAAGUUAGCCAGAGUUGUCAUGGGUGCUUGUAAAUGUGGGCAUAGGUUCCUUUUCAACAGUGAGCAAUUCACAGAGCUUUAGUAACACAGUUGGACAAAUAUGAACGUGUCACUUUUGUUUCUUUCAUUGUUAGUCAGUGUGUUAAGCUAUUUUUUUUAUUCUUCCAUAGAAGCCUAAAGUGUGCUCAGGAAGGCAUUGAGCCAUCAAAUAGAUGCAGUCCCCACCCCCUUUUCAUCUUUUGCCAUUACCAAUUUGUAUUAUCAUGCAGGUAGCCAGGAGUUCAAACCCUUAUUUUGACUUCUCUUUGUUACAGCUACUUUUAAAUUUGGAAAAUUGUAACUUACAAAAGAACAUAAUAGCUGUGUAAUUGCAGUCUUCCUCGAGUCCUAACAAAGUAUUUCUUCUGGGGAGUAAGGGAGAUUAUGAUCUAAUACCACAUUGCAUCUACUUCAAUCUUAAGUGCAUAGUUCCAGAUAAAUUUAGGGAUAUUAGAUCUAGUUUGGUGACAGGCAAAGUAUCUUGCAUUUGUUUUGAGGUAGUGCAGUCAUCUCUAUCUGGCAGCAAGGGAAUUAAGGAAAAGCAUAAUGACGAGAGUUGUCUCCUGGGUGCAGGUUGUACGCUUAACUCCAUGUGACUUAGCUGUUUUAUUACUUGCUGAAGGAAAAUGAAUCAGAUCAGUUGUUAUCCAAUGCUCAAAUGAAAAAUACCAUUUUUAGUGAAGCUGAGCUGUUCGGUUUUUUUUUUUUUUUUACUUAAAAACAGUGUUUAAAAUACAUUUGAUUUGAUAGGUUCUGUCGGAAGUCUUAGUCGAAGAACGACUUAUUAAUUUUCCUAUUCAUUUAAUGUACCCCAAAUGACAGUUGUAUUUAACAUUCUUUAAAGAAUAAUCUUCUAAAGUUUAACAAAACCAAACAAUGAAUCUAGGAUGGAAGAAAGCAGGAUUUUGUUUUAGGAAGCAGACCCUUUGGAGAGAGGAGUUAGUGUGGCAUCAAGACUGCCAGCCUUGGUCUUCUCCUGCUGUACUGGAGGCCUUUAGUUCUUAUAAUACAGUGUGGAAUGAGGGGUGUUCCAUCUGAGUUGGUAGAAUUUUUCAGUACUAAAAAUGUCUUUAGCUGCCAGAACUUAACAGCUAACGUUACCUGUCUGUUGCUGUUCCCCAAAAUUAAAACUAUCUUGCAAUAAGGGUCAUUUAAAAAUAACAUCUACGUGACUAACUUGUUCUUUGAGGCAGGUUUCAGUGACAGGUGAUUGCUCUGUGGUUGAGUUUGGUGGUGUGAUUGACUAUUCUGUGUGCACUAUUAACGUUAGUGGAAGUUAUUUUGAGGGAUUCAUGUAUUCUAAGUAAAUAUCACUGGAUUUUUGGUUUUGUUGUAGAAAAUGAUGUGCUGUGGAGAACCUAUGAGUUGGUCAGUUCUUUCUCUACUGACUGGUAGACGUGUUAGAAAGAGGUUUGGUUUUUUGGUUUUAAAGUAGUUAACCUUCAAGGUGAAGAGCAGGCAGUGUAUUUUCUAGGCAGUUUUGGAGAGAGAGGAUAGCAGGCUUUUAAAUAAUUUUAAAAUGAUCAUAGAAUCUCAUAGAAUCAUAGAACCUCAAGGUUGGAAAGGACCUAUAAGAUCAUCUAGUCCAACCAUCAACGAUGUGACUGUAAUGACUUGAUAGGUGUGUGUUUCACACCUAUGUGGUGUGCCAGUCUUAUAAAUAAGAUAUUUUUCAAGUUGGAUUUUAGCGUAGCUGGUUCCUCUGUAGAGUUCUGAGAUGUCUCUGAAGAGUGAAUACCCAAUACGGGUUUAAAAUUGCAUAAAAGAUAAUGUUCAAGUGCAUUCAUAGUAAGGCUGUCAGGGAGCCUUAAACUUUAUAUGAUGGUGUGGUCAUGAGAAUUUGACAUGAAAAGCUGAACGCACAAAACCAAAUGUUAACUUUAAGAUGUGAUCAAAGACUGUAUAGUUUGUUUUAAUCCUUCAGAUUAGCUACCACACAUUUUAUUUAAUUUGCAGCCUUAGUGAUGGCCUAACAGAAGAUGUUACUUUAGUAAGCAUUGGCUUUGCUGUGGAACCUUUCUGCAUGUUUUACUAUCUCUUUGGUUACACAAAUAAAUAUUUAACUGCACUAGAGUUACCGCGGUAUCUGUAUGUGGAUUAUAACAUAUUCUUUGUGAAAUAGAGUACACAGCUCUGCUGCUUUCUGGGUACCAGUUGAAGUUGCAAGACCUCCUGUAGUCACUCCCUGAGAGUCUGUCAACAGAUAGGAGCCAUUACGAGCAUGUUCGGCAUGGACAGUAUUGGACCAUGAUUCUGGAUUUCGUGUUCCUGUAUGGCUAUCUAAUGCCCUUGUCUGUGCUUUCUCUAAACUCACAUUGGAGAGGAAUGUGGAAAACAUGCUAAAAUAACUCACAGCCGUGGUUCUUGCUUAAGAGAAAUUGGACCUCAAAUGCUUCAUAGAAAGUUGCUGUGCAAUUCCGUCAGUCUCUUAAGAAAACCUUUUAUCUGCAGUUGUUUGAGAAAAGGGCGGACAAGUGGUCAUUGUAUCACACCCAGCACUGACGGAGGGUCAGCAGCAGGUGCUUAGACAAGACUAUGAGAAGUGCUGCACAGGUAUUACCACACACUUGCUUACCAUUGUGUCUUUCAGUGUUUUUCGUGGCCUAUGAACUCCAGAAUUAGAAGUGGCAUCUUUGAAGUUUUUCAUGAAUUUUCUUCCCUUCGUUUUCCAAGCUCCAUGAACUUUAAGCUUAAUUAUGCAUUUUGUGGGGUUUUUUUUGUUUUGUUUUGCUUUGCUUUGAAGCUGCCCUUUUAUGCUUUUCUGAAUGCCUCCUCAUCUUAGAACAAGAAAGCAUUGUUUUAUAUUUAACUUUCCUACGUCACUCAUGGUCAUGUGGAAAUCUGUCCUCUUGUGCUUUCAUCCACCUUUUUCCUGUGUCUGUUGAGGUGUUCCUCAAACAGAAACUGGGCUAUGUCUGUCCUAUGUUGCUGUUUACUGUACUUCUGGAUCUGUUUGGGUAGAAGAUAACCAACCAGAAGUGCAUGUGGAAGUGGCUUUGUGUAGGAUGUGUGAUGGAAUUAUUUUGUGUUUGUUUUCUCUUUAAUUUUUGCUCUGUGUGUCUUUUCUAAUGGUCUGCGUCGUUCCUUUUUUCUUUUCAGCUCAGUGCCAAAAAGCUGUUACUGCCAUAGGCAAUUUUGUUGUAACUCAGAGUUCUUAUCCUGGGGUGCAAAUAGCUCCAGAUCUGCUGCUGUGUAUCUGAAUUUCAGAUUCAGUAUCUGUGGACUGUUUUGCCCUUCAUUCAUCCCUCAGAAAGGUGAACAUCCUCAGCUUUGCUCAGAAGGAGAUUAAAGGAGUUGGUGUCAGGAGGCACUGCUGCUGCGCUGUAAGAAAGGAUGGGUUGGCUAAAAGUACUUCAUCUUUGCACUUUUCUUCCCCAUCCAUUUUAUUUCUGGAUUUUUAAGAAAAAGUGAUACUGGGAAAUGGAACUGUUGACUAGGAAUAAACCAAACAAAGUGAAAUGAAUGAAAGAAGAACAGUGCUAAUCUGGUAUUUUUUUUAUUGGUGAUAUUUUUCUCUCUGAAUGUUUACUUGUUUACUUCUUUCUAUCUAGCCUGCAUGUUCCUCAAACAAAAUUCCAGCAAGUGCAUGUCUGUCAAGUGUUUUACAGCUGUGGGGCUCAUGCAGUAACAUUCAGAGUGUGUGGCAGAAGAACUAUGAAACUAUAUCUAAAUUGCAUCACAGUUAAAUAGCUAUUGAGAAUACACUUUAAGCUUAGCUAGUGCUUUCUGUCUUUAUACAGUCUGCAUAGGUUCAGCAUUUCUGUUGUGAGAAACGGAAGCAAAGCUUGUGCUUAUUUUGCCCUCUUUGCUGGUAGGUUACUGUCUAUGCCAUUUCUUGCUCUCUUUCAUCAGUAGAAUUUGGUGUGUCCUGUGUGAUCACUUCCACAUGAGGCUUUCUGGACAGCUUUGGCAAAGUGAGCCCUAAGUUCCAUCAGAAGCCCCAACAGGGCUGUCUCCAAUGUGCAUUCCUCAGGCGUGCCCUGUGCUGGUGGGCAGCUGGGGACCAUACUUAUGCCUUCUGGUGUAAAGCAUGUCUCCCUGAACUUGGAUCGCUUGGGAAGUACAAAAGGAUACUGUUCAAAUAUAAUACUGCACUUAUUUGUCCAGUCUAACAGCUUUCUCAUGUGUUUGUCUCACAGCAAGCAGAAUACGUGAUUUCUUGCUUAGCUUCCUUGUUGUGUUAAAACUAAAAUAGUAUCAUGUCCACUCCCUGGCCUUCCAUCCUGAUUGCUGUCUCAUGCAAGGCAAUGUAAACACCUCAUUGAAACAUGACUCAUUUUGAUGAUUGCAGAUGAUUAUUUUUGAAAAGCAAAUAGUUGUGACAUCCCUAAACCAAGCUUACAGAGGCAAUAACUUAGAUCGCUGGUUAAAGUCUUCUAAGUCUUCUGUCUCUCGUACCCAGUCUUGCUGUAACUGGAGGACAGAUGGGUGGGAGACUUUGAUAAAAUCUGGCGUGAACACUGUGAGGAUGAGGAAACUCUGUGUGAAUAUGCUGUGGCAAUGAAAAACCUUGCAGAUAAUCACUGGGCAAAAACUUGUGAAGGGGAAGGCCGAAUUGAAUGGUGUUGCAGUGUAUGCCGGGAAUAUUUUCAGAAUGGAGGGAAAAGAAAAGCACUUGAGAAAGAUGAAAAGAGAGCACUUCUUGCUUCUAAGAGCACUCCAGCCUUAAAUGCUUCCCAGCCUCCCAAGAUCGAAGACCCCUUACCAAACUUUGGCUUGACAAAUCAUGAAGCUAUAACAGAAGAAUUGCUUCACUCCUUGGGAAAAAUCAGAUUGCUUGAUGUUGGUAGCUGCUUUAAUCCAUUUCUGAAGUUUGAAGAAUUUCUGACAGUUGGCAUAGAUAUUGUUCCAGCUGUUGAGAGCGUAUACAAAUGUGACUUCUUAAAUCUUCAAAUUCAGCAACCUCUUCAGCUGGCACAAGAUGCUAUAGAUGCCUUUCUUAAGCAACUGAAAAAUCCCAUUGAUUCUCUACCUGGAGAACUAUUCCACGUUGUCGUUUUUUCACUCCUCCUCUCUUAUUUUCCAUCACCCUAUCAGCGGUGGAUAUGCUGCAAGAAGGCACACGAACUUCUCGUAUUAAAUGGCUUAUUGCUUGUAAUAACUCCUGAUUCAUCUCAUCAGAAUCGUCGGGCUAUGAUGAUGAAAAGCUGGAAAAUUGCCAUAGAAUCCUUGGGUUUUAAACGCUUUAAGUAUUCCAAGUUUUCUCAUAUGCACCUGAUGGCUUUUAGGAAAACUUCCCUGCAAACAACAAGUGACUUAGUUAGCAGGAACUACCCUGGAAUGUUGUAUAUCCCACAGGAUUUCAACAGUAUAGAGGAUGAGGAGUAUUCCAACACUUCCUGCUACAUUCGAUCAGACAUGGAAGACGAACAGCUAGCUUACGGUUUUAUGGAGCUGCCUGAUGCUCCUUAUGACUCAGACUCUGGAGAAAGCCAGUCUAGUUCAAUUCCUUUUUAUGAGCUCGAAGAUCCUGUAUUGCUUCUAAGUUAAUGUAGCAGUUGACGUGCUAAGUCAAACCUCUUGCUUAACUAAUUUUGCUAUACUAACAUGGGCUCAACACACAACAGUGGUUUGCAUAAAGAAAAUGCAAAGGUUUACAGAGUUUGCUAUUUUUUUCUACUUUUGAAUUUUAAAAUAUAUUCUUGUAUGAGAGUGGAAAAAAAAAAAGUUUUAUGCAAGUGACUUUUGUCAUAGCAUAAAUUGCUGUUACUUUCUUUAGAAUAUCUAUCACUAAUUUUCUUCCAGAAAGGUACCAUUCUUUUCUUUAGUGCUGUGAAGUGUGAAUUCUAUUUAAUUUGCUAAAUGUUUCAAUAUUUUAACUCUUAAUGUGAUUGAGCUUAAGGCACUGGAGUUGGUUGGCUUCUGAGAAGUAAACGUAGGAAGAACUAAUUUGCACUUUAAUUAAAUGUGCAGAUAGGUUAAGACACUCGGUUACACACGUCCCUACUUAAUUACAGAACAAAACUUAUUUCCAAGAUUUGUUUCACUCUGGUUAAGCCUGGGCUGGAGAAACUGUAAUGCACAUUUGAUUUUACUUUCAUUGCUGCCCUCUUGAGAUAACACCAAAACACUUGAAUAGGUUAAUCCAAAGUUACACGUGCUGUGUAAUUUCAUUGCAUAAAUAGCAGAUAGAUGUGAGAUUCCUGAAUAGGUUACCCUGCACAAACAGAGGAGUAUGGUACGUCUAGAAGAUUGUUUCACCUCAAAGCUGGAACAUGAUUUUGCAAUUAUAUGUGUACAAGCACUAACAUAUAACAGUAUUUCCCUGGCAAUAGUGUUUUGUAUUCUUUUCAAACUGUUCUGGGGUUGUAUUUUUUGAUGUUGGGUUUUUUGGGGUGGGUGGGGAGGGGCAGGGUGGUUUUUUUUCUGUCAUGUUUUAAAGUAAAUUAUUUAUGUGUUUUAAAAACAACUUUUCCUUUAACUUGAGAAGCCUGCAAUUAAGGACAAUUGUGUGGUAACUACAGACCAAUUUUUGUUAAAAGGAACAUAAUUACACAAGUUUUUCAAGGCAUACCUACAUUUGCACAGUCAUAUUCAGACCACAAAAGUGAAGUUAACGUACGCUGUUCUGUUGGCUUAUUUGGACCUUAAUCUGUUUAGUUGAAUAAAAACUCUGUAGCUAUCUGAAAACUGAUCUGCACUGUAAGAAGGUGGAACAAGCAUUUUAUGUUUAUGAAGUUUUUUAACUUGUAUAAUAAAUUUGUAAGUGUUUUGCAGGAAAAAAAGAAAUUCUUUUCAGCAUUAAUAAUAGAGGAACCAGUAUUAGUUUAGCUUAGAUUGCCCUAAUGACCAGAAUUCAUGAAUUUAAAUGUUAGGCUUUUAAAUUGCUAUGUAAGUGCCUAUGACAAAUGAUUUGAAGUAGGUGCCGCAUCAUGGAUUUAAUACUGACUGCAGCGACAUGACAGAAAAUACUAAUAUGUAGUUUCAUAGGUGACUGCUGAAAUACACCUUACACCGUAUUAAUCUACCAUGCUGUAUUCAUCAUCCAGGAGUUACCAGACAAACUGAAGUAUGAGAGUGAUUUUUACAGUGGUUGCUGCAAAAAUGAAACUUCUCCUUUCUAUUGAAAUUUUGCACUUGAAGUGUCAGUUUGACCUGUUUGCUUUUUUUUCCUCUACAGUUUCCUACAGAAAGUCAUACUGCACUGGUCCUACUUACACUCAGAUGUGAACUGGACUGUAAUGCUUUAUUCUUUAACAUAAGCUUUCUCUCUCUUCUCAUAAAGUGUCCCCUAAUAUUUGAUUCAAAUUUGUUAAUCAGUCUGAACGAUACGGUUAUAUACAAACCAAACAGCUAUACUGCUCGUGUAAUGUCUUAUGGGAAGUACUCAUCUAAUGAAAUACACCGUGGGUUCAAAAUCAGAUGUAACUCAGUGUUAUCAUCUAAUGCUUUACAACAUCACUUUAACUGAAGUAGUCCACCAGUUAGUCAGAACCUCUCUUUUUUCACUGACUCCAGCAAUAGUCAUGUUAAAGCUUAAAAUAUUGGUGCUCUGAAUUCAGCUGUUCUAAAAAAAAGAAAACCAACUAAUCUGCACCUACUUCAAAGCGUACCGAGCGUUUUGUCAUUCUGAUUUAAAAAGUAACGUGUACCAGCUAACAGAAAUGUUGACAUUGGUCGGUGUAAAUUGGUUUGUGAUUCAUACAGUUAAGCUGUUCAGACCAGGACGUAUCCUUUAAAAAGUUGAAAAUAUUAACACUGAAAAUUUAGGCCUUCGUGGCAGCUUGGUGACACCACUGUAUUCGUGGUUUAGGGACCGAAGUUUCAUAACAGCUUGGUUUUCUUGCUGCUUAUUCUAAAUACCUUAAGUGUUCUUUUUUUAUUAUUUAAUUUUUUUUUCUUUAAUGUAAGGGACAGUGGAUUGUUGUGAAGGAGGAAAGUUGGAUUUGUGUAAAUACUUACAACUCCCUGAACAAAAUUGAUGGCGUUGGGAGUUUUUGGCUAUUUAGCUUUGGUGCAAAGAGAAUGUUUCUAAGUUAUGAAAUGUCUGAAAAUUCUGACUGGGCAGGAGAUGACGAACAUCUCUUGUUCUUAAGGUGCUGGCAAGGAAAAGAGAAAAAAUGUAUUUGCAUUUCUGUUGUCUUCAUGUCACUACCUUUUGUGAACAAAGCACAUUUAUUAAAAAAAAAAAAAACACUGAAAA